ACAGUCCGCUGUGGAAUGCAGUUAAACCUGAAACACCAACAACUUCUUCCUCAAACACAACAAGCUCCUCCCAGUCAGGACAUGUCUUUGUCUCCUCUCUUCAAAGACAUGUAAGUGUAAGAACCAGUGAACAACAAGCUGUGAACUGUGGGAGCUGAGUCACUGCAGGAAGUGAACAAGAGGGUGAGGAGCAGAGAUCUGUAUCUGUUCAGAGGAAGUGAAUCUGUUCUACAGUCUCUGGCAGCAGCUGAAAUGGCACAGCAAGGAAUUCAACUGGAUAGACAAAGAUUCUGCUGUUCGAUCUGUCUGGAUCUACUGAAGGAUCCGGUGACUACUGGCUGUGGACACAGCUACUGUAAGAGCUGUAUUAACACCCACUGGGACAAUGGGGAGGAGAGCGGAAGCUACAGCUGUCCUCAGUGUAGAAAGACCUUCACACCGAGGCCUGUCCUGGAGAAAAACACCAUGUUAGCUGAUUUAGUGGAGGAGUUGAAGAAGACUGGACUCCAAGCUGCUCCUGCUGAUCACUGCUAUGCUGGACCUGAAGAUGUGGCCUGUGAUUUCUGCACUGGGAGAAAACGGAAAGCUCAUAAGUCCUGUUUGGAUUGUUUGGUCUCUUAUUGUGAAAAACACCUCCAGCCUCAUUUUCAGUCACCUCCAUUUAAGAAGCACAAGCUGGUGGAGCCAUCGGAGAAGCUACAGGAGAACAUCUGCUCUCGUCACGACAAGGUGAUGAAGAUGUUUUGCCGCACUGAUAAGCAAUGUAUCUGUUAUCUCUGCUCUGUGGAGGAACAUAGACGCCACGACACAGUGUCAGCUGCAGCAGAAAGGACUGUGAGGCAGAGAGAGCUCGGGCUGAGGAGACAAACAAUCCAGCAGAGAGUCCAGGACACAGAGAAAGACGUGAAGCUGCUUCAACAGAAGGAGGAGGCCCUCAAUGGCUCUGCUGAUAAAGCAGUGGAGGACAGUGAGAAGAACUUCACUGAGCUGAUCCGUCUGCUGGAGAAAAGAAGCUCUGAUGUGAAGCAGCAGAUCAGAUCCCAACAGGAAACUGAAGUGAGUCGAGUCAGAGAGCUUCAGGAGAGACUGGAGCAGGAGAUCACUGAGCUGAAGAGGAAAGACCAUGAACUGAUGCAGCUCUCAGACACAGAGGACCACAACCAGUUUCUACACAACUACUCCCCAGUGUCACCACUCGGUGAAUCUACAUACUCAUCCAGCAUCAGGAUCCGUCCUCUGAGGAACUUUGAUGACCUGACAGCAGCUGUGUCCCAGGUCAGAGGUCGACUACAGGACAUUCUGAGUGAGACAGAGACAGAGAUUUUACAGAUUGUGUCUCAAGUGGAUGUUUUACUGCAACAACCAGAACCAGAGACCAGAGCUGACUUCUUAAGAUAUUCACAGGAAAUCACACUGGAUCCAGACACAGCAUACAAAGAGCUGUUAUUAUCUGAGGGAAACAGAAAAGUAACACAUGUGAGAGAAGAUCAGUCUUAUUCUGAUCACCCAGACAGAUUCACUGGUUGGUGUCAGGUCCUGAGUAGAGAGAGUCUGACUGGACGUUGUUACUGGGAGGUGUCCUGUGGAAGAGAUGUUACUGUAGCAGUAGCAUACAAGAAUAUAAUCAGAGCAGGAAUCUCAGCUAAAUGUGUAUUUGGAUCCAAUGAUAAAUGUUGGUCAUUAACUUGUUAUGAAAACGGAUAUGAAUUUUAUCACAACAGGAUCAGGACUAACAUGUCCGGUCCUGUGUCCUCCAGAGUAGGAGUGUACCUGGAUCACAGUGCAGGUGUUCUGUCCUUCUACAGAGUCUCUGACACCAUGACUCUCCUCCACAGAGUCCAGACCACAUUCACUCAGCCUCUCUAUGCUGGACUUAUGGUUAGUAAUUAUGAAGACACAGCUGAGUUCUGUAAACUCGAUGACUACAUGACUGAGGAGGACAAAGAGGGGGAACGUCAGGCAGAGGAUCAGAGAGAUGUCUAUCCCAACAUGCAAGCUGGAGAGGAACAUGAAAGCAGAGCUGAGUCACUGCAGGAAGUGAACGAGAGGGUGAGGAGCAGAGAUCUGUAUCUGCUCAGAGGAAGUGAAUCUGUUCUACAGUCUCUGGCAGCAGCUGAAAUGGCACAGCAAGAAAUUCAACUGGACAGACAAAGAUUCUGCUGUUCGAUCUGUCUGGAUCUACUGAAGGAUCCGGUGACUACUGGCUGUGGACACAGCUACUGUAAGAGCUGUAUUAACACCCACUGGGAUAAUGGGGAGGAGAGCGGAAGCUACAGCUGUCCUCAGUGUAGACAGACCUUCACACCGAGGCCUGUCCUGGAGAAAAACACCAUGUUAGCUGAUUUAGUGGAGGAGCUGAAGAAGACUGGACUCCAAGCUGCUCCUGCUGAUCACUGCUAUGCUGGACCUGAAGAUGUGGCCUGUGAUUUCUGCACUGGGAGAAAACGGAAAGCUCAUAAGUCCUGUUUGGAUUGUUUGGUCUCUUAUUGUGAAAAACACCUCCAGCCUCAUUUUCAGUCAGUUCCUUUUAAGAAGCACAAGCUGGUGGAGCCAUCGGAGAAGCUACAAGAGAACAUCUGCUCUCGUCACGACGAGGUGAUGAAUAUGUUCUGCCGCUCUCAUCAGCAGUGUAUCUGUUAUCUCUGCUCUGUGAAGGAACAUAGAGAUCACAACAUAGUGUCAGCUGCAGCAGAAUGGACUGAGAGGCAGAGAGAGCUCGGGCUGAGGAGACAAACAAUCCAGCAGAGAGUCCAGAACACAGAGAAAGACAUGAAGGUGCUUCAACAGAAGGAGGAGGCCCUCAAUUGCUCUGCUGAUAAAGCAGUGAAGGACAGUGAGAAGAUCUUCACUGAGCUGAUCCGUCUGCUGGAGAAAAGAAGCUCUGAUGUGAAGCAGCAGAUCAGAUCCCAGCAGGAAACUGAAGUGAGUCGAGUCAGAGAGCUUCAGGAGAGACUGGAGCAGGAGAUCACUGAGCUGAAGAGGAAAGACCAUGAACUGAAGCAGGUUGCAGACACAGAGGAUCACUACCAGUUUCUACAGAGCUACCUCUCACUGUCACCACUCAGUGAAUCUACACACUCAUCCAGCAUCAGGAUCAGUCCUCUGAGGUACUUUCAGGACGUGACAGCAGCUGUUUCACAGGUCAGAGGUCGACUACAGGACAUUCUGAGUGAGACAGAGACAGAGAUUUUACUGAUUGUGUCUCAAGUGGAUGUUUUACUGCCAAGACCAGAGCAAGACACUAGAGCUGACUUCUUAAAAUAUUCACAGGAAAUCACACUGGAUCCAAACACAGCAAACAGUCAUCUGUUAUUAUCUAAGGGAAACAGAAAAGUAACAGGAAGGAGUAAAGAACAGUCUUAUUCUAACCACCCAGACCGAUUCACUGCUGCUUGGCAGGUUCUGAGUAGAGAGAGUCUGACAGGACGUUGUUACUGGGAGGUGGAGAUGAAGUUUAAGGUGGGAAAUGGAGUUGGUGUAGCAGUCACAUACAACAAUAUCACCAGAGGACGAGAACGAGACCUAGAAUGUAGAUUUGGAGAAAAUUAUAAAUCUUGGAUGUUAUAUUGUGAUCGAGAGUAUUAUAUCUUUCAUUACAACAGGAUCAAGACUGAAGUGUCAGGUCCUGAGUCCUCCAGAGUAGGAGUGUACCUGGAUCACAGUGCAGGUGUUCUGUCCUUCUACAGUGUCUCUGACACCAUGACUCUCCUCCACAGAGUCCAGACCACAUUCACUCAGCCUCUCUAUGCUGGAGUUAAGUUUUCUAUUCAUGGAUCCACAGCUGAGUUCUGUAAACUCAAAUAGACUCGAGUCAUUAAAAGCAGUGAUUCAGAUUCUCUGUUUAAAUCUUUAACUUCUUUUGUCUCCAUGUUUGUUGAUCAAAGUUCUUCGUGGUGACGUUUCUGCUCCGCACAGAGAUCAGCUGUCAAUCAAACACUGAUCUUCCUUUAUCACACAUAUUAAGUUUUCACUUUGUAAAGACAGAAAUCUAUAAUUACACUGACAUGAAUGUGUUUGAAAGAACUGAUGUUGCUGUUGUUUUCUAAAUCAAUGUAGAAAUCACGUUGUGUGAUGUUUUAGAACCUGUGUUGAUCCUGAUUCUCAUCAAUGAGCUGAUUAUUUGUUCUUUUAUUUUCCAAAUGUGAAAAGGAGGUGAAACAAACUGAUUGUGUGUCCAUGAACUCACUGAACAAGAGUCACUGCACAGACUUUACUGAUGAAAUGAUCAAUGACCUCAGAGCGUCAACAUGUCCAACAGAUCAACUGUACUUUAUUUCAGUCAUUAAUAUGCUUAUUAAUCUAAUUAAUACAUUGUAACAGUAGUAAAGUGUAAUGUACCUUCAAGACAUUCUGUGUUGUCUAGAUACCAAAGACCAUUACAACCUUAAGUCAUUUGUAAAGCAUGGACCGUGCAGGAGCUUCUCCAAACUCAUGAGUGACUGUUCAGGUGCCAGUGGCCUCUGAUGGAUUCAUGUGUGACAGGAUAGUCUCUGUUCAGCCGGGCGUUAACGUUGGAGCGUAUGUUAGCAAAAAAACAAGGGUCAUAGGAAACAUCCAUCUACGUUGUGUCUAAGUGUUUGCUGGUCACCAUGUUCCACGUGCUCUACCUCCACCCACACAGACCCUGAACUGAAGAUAAAUCACUGAUCUAUGUAUUAAUCCACCUGUGGGUGUGAGAGGAUAAUGUUGGGGGUCGGUGCCUGAAUAUUACUCAUGUAAUCACUUUAGAUGUAAUGGAUAAUAUCAUAAAAAUAUGGAGGAUUGCUUUGUUUUCAUUUGUAAUUCAUCAUUAAGGAUAUAAAUUCCUUUCCUUAAUUGUUUUUGCUUUCAUUUG